AGCUCCGCCUCAGUCCCCACGUUCUCUCUCUCUAUCUCUCUCAUCUCUCUCUCUCUCUCUCCCUCCUCUGCGUUCGUAUCUCCAUUUUUCAGUUUUUCACGCACAAACCACACACUCUGUCACGCACACACACACUCUCUCUCUCUCUCUCUCUCUCUAUCUCUCUCUCUAUCUCUGUCCUCUGUGUUCGUAUCUCCAUUUUUCGGUUUUUCACACACAAGCCACUCUGUCACGGACACACGCUCUCUUCCCACUCUCUCUCUCUCUCUCUCUCUCUCUCUCUCUCUCUCUCUCUCUCUCUCAGUGUGCGAACCCAUAUUCAGUUCACCCCGAGUCUCUGCAACUGGACGAAAGAAGCACACGGACUGAUAUAUUAAUCCCUGUAGUUGAUCUGAUUCGGGCGUUUGAUUUCACAGAAUCUGCAUUUCGCCUUUCUGGGGACCACUGUGAAUUGGCUGGCAGUGUGGUUUGAUGCUCAUGUUGAUACUAGAUGACACAGGAAAAAAAAUCAGAAUGCUUGGCAUUGGACUUUUGCCGAGACAGGUUCCUUAAAAAUUUUCAACCCAUCAAAGGGCCCAGCUAAAGACAGUAGCAGCAGAGCAGCAACAACAGACCUUUUAAGUCACGCCGAGCAUCCAGGCAAGAAAAAGAGAAAUUGUGCUAAGUGAGAGUAUAUAAUUUGACAUGGAUCGCCGUGGCUGGCCCUGGAAGAGAAAAUCUUCUGACAAAACCAUCACCAACAAAUCAGUGGCUACAUCAGAUUCAGCCGAUGUUUCUUUAGCUUCAGCAGGAUCUCUGGGAGAACAGGAAAAUUGCGAGAAAGUAAACUACAUUCAAAUAUCUGCGGAUUCAUAUGCGCACAUGAAUGGGUUGGAAGAUCAAGUUAAAAUGUUGGAUGAUCAAGUCAAGAUAUUGAAGGAUCAAGUAAAGGAAUUGAAUGAAAAACUUUCUGCAGCUCAGUCAGAGGUGAUUAAAAAGGACGAUUUAGUCAAACAGCAUGCAAAAGUUGCUGAAGAAGCUGUUUCAGGAUGGGAGAAGGCUGAUGAAGAAGCCCUUGCAUUGAAGCAUCAACUUGAAUCUGUCACACUCUUGAAGCUUACUGCUGAAGAUCGAGCAUCCCAUCUGGAUGAUGCUCUGAAAGAGUGCAUGAAGCAGAUUAGAAAUGUAAAGGAAGAAAAUGAAAAGAAACUUAACGAAAUUAUUCUGACUAAAACAAUGCAAUGGGACAAAAUCAAGUUUGAACUUGAGGCAAAAGUAGCUGAACUAGACAGAGGACUUCUUCAGUUGGCUGCUGAAAAUUCUGCACUUUCACGGUCAUUACAAGAGCGCUCUAAUAUGCUAAUGAAGAUCAGUGAAGAAAAAACUAAAGCUGAAGGGGAGAUUGAACUUCUGAAGGAAAUCAUUCAAUCAUAUGAAAAGGAAAUAAAUUCACUGAAGUAUGAGGUACAUAUAGUUUCUAAAGAGCUUGAUAUCCGAAAUGAAGAGAAGAAUAUGACCUUAAGAUCUGCAGAAGCUGCAAACAAGCAACAUUUGGAGGGAGUCAAGAAAAUUGCAAAGCUAGAAGCUGAGUGCCAAAGAUUACGUGGCCUUGUUCGGAAGAAAUUGCCUGGCCCUGCUGCAUUGGCCCAAAUGAAGCUUGAAGUUGAAAAUAUAAACCAGGAUUUCAGUGAACCUCACCUACGAAGGACUCCAGUUAAGAAUUCUCGACCAAAUUUGUUUCCCUUGCCAGAAUUUUCUACUGAAAACAUUCAGAAUUAUUGUAAGGAGAAUGAGUUGCUUGCUGCACAUUUAUCAGAAGCAGAAGGAGAAACAAGGAUGCUGAAAGAAGCUUUGACCAGUAGUAAAGAUGAGCUGCAGGCUUCAAGAAACAUGUGCUUGACGAUGGCUGGGAGAAUAAAGGGCUUAGAGGAACAAAUACUGGUUCUUGAUCAGCAGCGAAACUCAAAAUCAAAUCUUGGAAUUGCUAAAGGUGUGGUUGAUGAAGAAAGUACUGCUGACUCUUGGCCAGACACAUCAUUGAUAUCUGAACUCUCUCAUCAAAGAGAAAAGAACAUUGAGAAAUCUAACAAGACUGACAAAAGAAAUCACUUGGAAUUAAUGGAUGACUUUCUAGAAAUGGAAAGGUUAGCAUGUUUGUCAAGUGAGUCAAGUGGGUCUAUCUCUAUUUCUGGAAAAAACGAGACAACAGACCGUAUAAUAUCAAUGGAUUCAAUGAAUGCUGGCAUUUGCCAAUCUGAACAGCUGCCUGUUUCAAGUCUGUCACUGAAUCAGGUUUCUUCCUAUGGGAAAUUUGCAGCAGGAGAACUUCAGCUUGAUAUAGAUAAACGAGACUUUCCGAAACUCCAAUCAAGGAUUCUUAUGAUACUUGAAUCUCGAACUGACGUAGACAUGGAAAAAAUUCUGGAGGACAUAAAACGUGUGAUGGAAGACGUGGAAGGUUCAUUGUCUCAGCACUCGACGAGGUGUUCUUCUAAAGAAACUCAACUCGAUGAUGCUUGCAGUCGGCAGGCUUGUCCUCAAGAUAUUGGGCUAGUUACCGAAGGUGAGAACUCAAAGGUUUCGGAUGGUAAAUCUAUUACUCAUAGAGAGCAUCUUACAAACCAAGAUUUGUUGACUGCCAUUUCUCAAACUCAUGAAUUUGUGCUAUUGCUGGGAAGGGAAGCUAUUCGAAUUGAGGACAUUUAUUCUGUUGGACAUAGUUUGAGUGAAAAAUGUGAGGAUUUCUCAGCCUUUGUUGACAAAUUUUUAUUCAAUAAAAUAAGUAUGGUUGACUUUAUCCUCAAACUUUCUCAUGUUCUGGCUAAAGUUAGCAAACUGAGCUUUAGCAUCAGCUAUAAGGGUUAUAAAGGAGAAGUCACUAGUGGCGAUUGUGUAGACAAGGUUACAUUGCUAGAGAGUGAGACAGUUCAAUAUGACUCCUCAAAUCAGGGGUUUCCUAAUGGAAGCGAGCAAGUUACUGAUUCUGCCUUUAAUUCUGAUGUACUUCAAGAAGGAAACAAAAGCCCAUGCUUUGGAUCCAAUUUCUCAUCAUGUAAAUGCUCAUUACAGGAGUUGGAACAGCUGAAAUUAGAUAAAUAUAAUAUGGCAAUGGAUCUAGAUAGAUGCACACAAGAUCUUGAAAGUACAAAGUCGCAGUUACAAGAAACAGAACAGCUUCUGGCAGAACUGAAAUUACAAUUAGAUUCACGUCAAAAGUCAAACAGCCUCGCAGAGACUCAGCUAAAGUGUAUGACAGAGUCUUAUAAAUCACUUGAAAUGCAUGCACAGCAGUUGAAAGCUGAGGUGGACCUUUUACAGGCGAAAGCAGAAAAUUUAGAAAAUGAGCUUCUAAAACAGAAGUGCAGUCAUGAGGAUGCUUUGAACCAGUGCUUGAAUCUUCAAGAACAAAUUCGAAGGAACGGAAGCUGCUCAACCUGUUCAUCAUCAUCUGUGUCAAAUCUUGAUGAGAAGAGCAGACAGGAAAAAGAGAUAGCAGCUGCAGCGGAGAAGCUUGCACAAUGUCAAGAGACUAUUUAUCUUCUUGGUAGGCAAUUGAAAGCUUUGCAUCCUCAGACACCAGUUUCUGCAUCUAGCCACAGUGAGAAGCUUCAAAUAGGUGAGACCAUUGUAAAUGAUCAAUCAAUUCUUGGUCUCUCAAAUUAUUGGGGGAAUGUGGACAAUGCUGCUUGUGCUGAUGUGAAAGCCACAGGCAAGAAAUCCUUGGGCAGAAAUAGUUCUCUCUCUGGUCCAUCUGAAGUUGAAGCAAACAUGUCAAUAAAUUCAAACAACCCUAUGGUGCCAGAGAAGCAUCCUCAUAGUUUCCGCUUCUUUUCUUUGAAAGGGAAGAGCGGGAUAUAGGAUCCAGACGGCAAGGUAGGCGGUGUAACUGAGUUUUUAUGUUUUGUAAAUGAGGAUUUACUGAGCACACAAUACAAUUUGGCCAGUGUAGUGGAAUGGGGAGAAUGAAACAGCUCAUCUUAGCUGUUUCUGUUGAAAAAUGAGGGGACCUUUUGGGCAUCAAUUUUUGAAAUUCUAUGCCUUUGAAUUCCCAUGACGAAAUGUGCAUGGUAUUGGAAUCCCAAUUCCAAGAGACUAUCAUGAAGUACUGAUGGAGUUCUAGUUCAGAGAUUCAGGUACCGUGAAGUUUCUAGAGCUGCUUCAAUGGGUGCCUGGCUCCCUUCAAAUGGAAUGCUUUGAUAAGUGAUAUGAAGAGAUGGACAUAAUUAGCCAUCUUGGAUGAGCUUUCUUUUCUUUUAUGUAUGGUUUUAUUAGAACUUGCUGGGUGUAAUUUCCAUCCGCUCAAUUUUUGUUUUCUUCUACUCAAAUUUUGUUUUCUUAUAUCUAAUGUUAGAAUAUGUUGAGAAUUCUGUGAGUUUGUCCUGCAUUGAAAAAGUAGAAUGGUUGAGCCCAAAACUCAAUAAACUUAAGUUUUGUGAUCAA